AUGGCUGAGCCACGUUCCCGGCUUCCCCCCUCCUUCGACGGCACCGCGGCCGACGAUUUCCAGCUUUGGAUUCAGCAGUUCGAUGUGUGGGCCGAUGCCCAGCAGCUGGACCAGGCAGCCAGGCUGAGGCACUUCCCCACCUACCUCACUGGCCCAGCCUUCGGCUUUUACACCGAGCUGCCAGCCGCGACGAAGGCCGACCUCGCCCUGAUCCGAGCGGCCAUGGUCGGACCCUUCGGCCGCACCGCCCUGCUGGAGGAGUUCCGUCGGGCCGCCAACGCGAGACCCCGUCGCCCCAACGAGAGCUUGUCAGUGUAUGCAGCGGAGAUUCAACGCCUGGUCCGCCUCGCCUACCCGACUUACAAUGAUGCCGGACGGGCUGGCGUUGCCCUGGACCGCUUCCUCGCGGGUUUGGACCCUGACCUGCGACACAGAGUCAUGGAGUUCGGCCCCGCUGACGUCGAUGCAGCCAUCCGUCAGGCCUCCAUUUGUGAACAGGCCCGCCACGCCGCCGCCCGUGACCUCCAGUUCCCCACGGCAGACCACACCGCCGCGAGGAUCACCUCGACCAGAGCCCCGACGCCGGACCCGACCGCCACCGUCGCGACUCUGGCAUCCAAGUUAACAGAGAUCGUCGACCUGCUACACGCUCAGGCUUCCAACCAACGCCAACCCGAGCACCAGCAACACAGCCGCCGCGACGACCGUGACCAGCCGCCCAAUCGACGAGGCAGCGACCGUCGAGAUGACCCCGCGCCACGCUCAGAGACCCGCCGCCGUCUUCCCCGCCGCCCCGUCCGCCCAGAUGAGCAGUGUCACCAAUGCCACGGGUACGGACACUACGCCGCCUCCUGCCCUACCCCUACCCCACCCUCGGGAAACGGACAUUAG